ACGUAUCUGCAUUCAGUCCGUUCUGACAGUCCCUACGACAUGGAACGAUAAGACGAGAUUUUUUCAAGUGACUUUUCCAGUUAACCACUAGUUCUUUAGUGUGCGCGAUCUAUUUCUCAAUAGCGCGAUAAGUGUGCGAUAUCCGUUCAAACGACCGUACAUCGUUACAUUUUCUGAAUAGUUUUAUUAAAAUAUUUGGUGCAAUUUUAAGUUAUUUAAAAAAAAAUGAUUACAAAAUCGAUACCCGAAUGGUUUGCCAAUAAAAACGUUCUUAUCACUGGCGGUACUGGAUUUAUGGGAAAGGUUUUAAUUUCCAAAUUACUACUAAGUUGCCCCGACAUUGGAGAUAUUUUUUUAAUAAUCAGAAAGAAGAAGGGCUAUGACUCACAUACAAGACUGCAGCUCCUAUUGCAGCAAGAGCCAUUUAGGAUUCUUAGAGAACAGCACCCGGAACGACUGAAGAAACUGAUAGUUAUAGUCGGUGAUACAACCGUCCAGCAGCUCGCUUUAUCCGUCGCGGAUAAGGAACUCCUCACGAAUAAGGUUUCCGUCGUCUUUCAUAUGGCCGCUAAUGUCAGGUUCGACUUGCCAUUGAAAACCGCUGUCAACAUGAACACCGUGGGCACUAUGAACGUCGUAGCGCUAGCAAAACAGAUGCCCCUACUCGAGUCGUUCGUUCACAUUUCGACGUCUUUUUGCCAAUGUGGCGAGCCAGUAUUGGAGGAACGCCCUUACCUAGCCAGCGUUUCGCCAGAAAACGUCAUUCACAUUGUCAAUACAAUGACAGAUGAUAACCUGGAUGUAAUGAGAUCGAAAUUACUGGGCGAGCAGCCAAACACGUACGCCUAUAGUAAGUCACUCAGCGAGGACUUCGUGUCGAGAUGCGGACUACCCGUAGGAAUCAUACGUCCGUCGAUAGUGACGGCAUCUUACAAAGAGCCUGUGCCUGGCUGGGUGGACAACAUGAACGGCCCAACCGGAUUAAUGAUCGGCGCGGGUAAAGGGGUGAUACGGUCCAUGCUCUGCAACGCGGAUUACUUGUCUGACUUAAUACCCUGCGAUAUGGCCGUAAACGCGACGAUCGCUCUGGCUUGGCAAGUCGGAACGGACAAGUCUACCAAGCCGACGAUUUUAAACGCCACGACGAAUCAGGAGAACCCAAUUUCUUGGGGUGACGCUUUAGAGAUCGGGAAGAAACACGUACUCGAGAAUCCCUUUUCGCAACCGCUGUGGUAUCCCGGUGGAAGACUGACCUCCUCCAGACUUUUACACUGGAUUGCCGUCAUAUUCUUUCAAACUAUACCAGCCUACCUGUUAGACAUUCUACUCGUCGUCACCGGAAAUAAGCCCUUCCUGGUGCGAGUACAAACUAGAGCAAAAUCCGGAUUAGAGUUGCUUCAGUAUUACACGAUGAAGCAGUGGGUCUUUCGUAACGACAAUAUGCGCAAUUUGCAGCAUCGAUUGAGUCCUGCCGAUAAAGAGACAUUUUUCAUGGACACAAAACUCAUCUGUUGGAACGAAUAUUUGUUGAUAUACAUCUUAGGUACGAGGAAAUAUUUCUUGAAGGACGAUCCUUCGACGCUGCCACGAGCGAGACGGGUCUUCGCAUAUCUAUACUUCGCCGAUUGUCUGCUGAAAUUAAUAUUCGGGCUUUUCCUUGUUUGGAUAAUAUACACUUGGACGUUAUCCGCUAAGCCCAUUAUAGCGAUGCUAGUCCAGUCGACUGAAUAA